AUGCACAGCUCGGCUACUGCCCCCGCCGCGGCGGUGGUGGCGGCGGAGGCCGGGACGCGCCUGGCCACUGGGCGUCCGCCUGGGCGCGCGCCUGUCGCGGCCGUCGCGCCCGACGGCGCCCUCCGGCGACUGGUCCGUCGACGAUGUCUCCUCCUCGAGGAAUGCGUCGCAGCGCGCGCUCUCGCUCACCUCGGCAUCGACGACUCGUUCGAGGUGGCCACAAGCUACGCCGCCGGGCUGCGCCGAUGCACGCAGAAUGCCCUCACCACCUCCUCAGCUCUCGCUGCCGCCACGCUGGGCGGCGAGGCGGCGCAGGGCGAGGCGGCCGCCGACGUGGGCGGGGGCGGAGGCGCAGGCGGCUACGAGUCGCCCGUGGACGAGGCGUCGGAGGGCCUUGGCAAGGUGCCUGGAGCAGGGUCGGGGCACUCCCUCGGUACCCUUCAGGCACCUGGGCUACCACAGGGCACCCCUCCGGCACCUUCGGGGCACCCUUCGGGCACCCUUGGCGCGGCUGUGGGCGGCUCGACCGCUGCGGCGGGUGAGCCGGAGGAGGAGUUGCAGAUGUGGCAGGCGGCGAUGGACGACGACGAUGAGGAGGGCGCGGCGGCGCUAGACGAGGCAGCGGCAAAGGUCACCUGCCGCGACCGCCUCCACCCGGCUCAGCAGGCCACCGCUCACUGCUCCACUUCAGGGCGCAAGAAGGCUGUGCGGCCCGCGGAGCCCGUGGAGCCCGUGGACUCGCGUCCGCUCGAGUGGGCGGGCACUACGGCUGCAUGCGAGCGUGCGAUGGGGCGGGCAUAUUGGCUGCGGCCCGAGCCAUCUCUCGGGGGCUACGCGACGGGAUACAUGCCCGACGGCAGCUGGGGCGGCUGGGUUCCCGUCAGCAAGGGCCUUAGGGCCUCUGGGUCGCCGGCGAGGAGCCGAAGGAGGUGGACCUCGUCGACGGGGUGUGGUGCGAGGUGGUGUAUGCGCUGGAUUGAGAAGAACUUCCAGCCCGGCACAAAGCGCGUGCAGGCGCGCUUGCGGGCGCAGGAGCUCGCGAUGAAGAAUGGCGACGACCGGCGGGUGGUGGAGGCGCGCCCGGUGGCUGCGGGACCCGUCCCGGCCGUGGGUGAACCCGCCGGCGCGUGGUGCGGGACCCGACGCCGACCAGGAGGACUUUGCGCUCCGAGAGUGGCUCCGGUGUGCUCCUUCGAAAUGUGCAAGAGCGAUCGCGACCGCGAGGUGGUGCGAGAGGCGGCGCGGGAGCGGAUCCGCCCGGUGGAGGAGGCGGGGAAGAUGCUGGAAUGGGACUGGGGGAGUGAGCGGCUCGCGGUUGCCGAGUCGUGCCUGCCAUCCCGUGUCGCGGAAGCGAGGCGGCUGGUGGCCCAGGAGUUCCGGGCGGUGGUGGUGUGGAAGGGGACGGCGUGUUGGGGGGCGGGGUGGCGGAGGGCAAGCGCUGCCUGCCGGAUGAUCGCCUGGGGGAGUGAUCGGCAGCGCCGGCUCGGGUUCGGGUUCUGA